AAAAAAGGUAAAUAAUCAUCACUGUAUCUCGUGUGUCGAAAUUCGGGCGCAACCCAGUUUAUCAGUCGCAGUCAUCGAAGCUAGUCGUUCCCGCAUACCAUUUUGUUUCGAUCCAUUUGCAUCCUCCUUACCGAGUUCAAAAUGAGUCUAAACUGUCUGAGAAUUGCGGCUCAUCGCGUCCGCGCCGGGUCCCGUAUGGUCCAGAGCGCUGGAAAUGUCCGUUCGUACAAUGUCGCAGUUGGCAAAGUGGCGCCGAUCGUCAGUGCCUCCUCCUAUCACCAUCACAGUAUUCGCAGUAGUGAUAAAUUUCAAGGUUAUCCUUUGGAACUUCGAGGAACCCACCGUUGCUACAGUGAGCAAUGCCCGGAGAACAAGUACGAUCCGAACUGCAUCGAUCUUCGUCAGGUCGCCACCUACGAUGAAAUCGUCGAUCUACCAAACCAUCCGGAAGUGUUGCUCAUCGACGUACGCCGACCGGACGAGCUGGCCGGCACUGGAACCAUUCCGACCAGCAUCAAUAUUCCACUCGACAUCGUCGAAGAGGAACUGAAACUGGACCCCAAGCAGUUCGAGACCAAGUACGGUCGGCCGAAGCCCAGUUACGACUCUCCGAUCAUCUUCAGCUGUCGAUCGGGAAUUCGAGCUGGCAAUGCUGCCUACAUUGCCGACACACUCGGAUUCACAAAUGUCAAGAACUAUGUCGGCUCCUGGCUGGACUACGCCGAGAAGAAUGGCCUUCCGCAGGAACCGGCUGAAAACAAAUUCUACUGAUAUACUACUCCUACUAGUUUUUAUUUGUGUGUGCAUGAUGUUGAUGAUGAUGAUGAUGAUGGAAACGUAAUAAACAAGUCUCCUACGGCGGAAUUAGCGCCCUUUUACGCGACAAGCGGUGUCUUCUUCAAUGUUGUGAUCUAUAUCUAUUUUUAGAGGAACGGCAUUGCUUCCGUUUUUUAAAAAGGUUAACAAUAUUUGUUCACGCUGGGCUCCAAAGAAGGGUGCACACCAAAUUUCGAUUUUUCCAUCCAGCAAAAUAAAUUGCUGGAAGGGUAUCAGCAAACUAUAGGUUGCCGUAAAUGCAGCAAUGAUAACUGAAGAGCCAGCAAAAUAAGACACUGCUGAAACACCAGCAAAAGUGCUGUCAAACACUUAACAUAUUCAUGGUCACUUUUUGCGCACCUUUGUCCGAAACACUUCGCAAGCAGAAGGACCUGAGAAUUCCCCCAAAAAAGUUAAAAAUUUCAUCGUAUUUACCAUUAAGAUUCAAUGCGCCACUUCUUCGGUGAGCCUUCUUUCUGUUUGUUGUAAAGAAACACGGAAAUCUAGAUAUAAAGAACAUUUUUUAUCAAUGUUUGUUUCAAAAGAAAAAAGGAAAAAAAUCCGGUUGGACUCUACCUCGGACAAAAUUGCUGAACGAUCAGCAAAACAAGCUGUCAAAACGCAUUGCUGAAAACUCAGCAAGAAUUAUUUUGCUGGUUGGAUUACUGGUUUUACAGCUUGUCAAAAACCAGCAAAAUAUUGCUGGUUUCCAGCGAAAUAAAAAUAGUGUGUGGCGCUAUGCACGAUAAGUAACAGGGGCACAGUUCCUAGAUCCACUCUGCGCUGAGAUCAAUAACAAAUACGUAUAUUCAUGUCUACUUGUCGUAGGUACCUGAGUCAUUGUAGGCGAAAAAUGAAAGAUAAUGCUAAAUAUCAAUCAUGGCAAUGCAUCCGAUACUGCCGAAGUUUUUUUAAUUGCGUAAUAUAUAAAAGUUGCAGGUUUUAUACUCAGGAAAUGUUACAUCUUCUCUUUUCAUCAUUAACUCCAACUAUUUGUAAAGUUAAAUACACCUACGAAGGGCUUGUACAACAGUUGUUAUAAAUAGGCCAUAUAUUCGCCUACCAAAUGUAACAAUUACUCUGCAUUUAAAUAAAAAUAAGUUAAAUAACUAUA